CCCCUUUGCCAUUCCCCCCCCCCCUGGUCCCUCCUGUCCCACUUCCCCUCACUCGUAUCGGCGGACUCUCCCUCUCUGCCUCCCCCCCCUCCCCUGCGAAUGUCCGUGCCAUCGGCGUUCGAGCGUCGGCCGACCGGCGUCGCACCAGCCACCCUGAAGACGCACCCGCGCAAGAUUGUGGCUGGGCUGGUCGCGGCGGCGGUGUACCUGCCCCUGGCCGGCCUGGCGGCCGCCUUCCUGGCCGGGUGCAUUGUGUACUAUGCGGUCUUUGUGUUGCGCUCCCCGCGCGAGGCCUUCCGGCGGUUGUUCGACCCGCGCUACAAUGUGGUCACUGAAACCGACCCGUCGGUGGCGGCGGUCGGCCGGGCGGCCAUCACCGGCGCUGGGCGCCCGGGCGACCGGCACCUCCGCAUCGAGGGCUCCUCCGGGAACAUCCUGCACAUGGUCGUGCGCGGCGGGCAGUCGCCGGAGUCCCGGGCGCCCGGGGCCCCGUGGCUGCUCUUUGUCCACGGCUUCCCCGAGUGUUGGUUCUCCUGGGACGCGCUCAUGGACCAGCUCAGCCGCCAGGCCGACGAGGAGGGCCCGGACGGUGCGGCCGCCCGGCCAGCCCUGCUGGCCAGCCGCGGCUUCACCUGCGUCGCCAUCGAUCUGCGCGGGUACCAUCUCAGCCCGAGCCCCACCGAUGGGGGGUUCACUGCCUUCCGCCGGAUUGACCUCUCCCGUGACCUGGCCCUGGCCAUCGCCACCAUCCAGCGCCGCGAGCGCCUCGGCCCCUGCUGCGUGGUGGCCCACGACUGGGGCGGUCUGGUGUCCUGGGAUACGGCUUACCUUCGCCCGGACUUGGUCAACCGCCUGGUGAUCCUGAAUUCGCCGCACCCGCGCCGUUUCCAAGAAAUCCUCGGCUCCUCAGACCAGCUAAAGCGGUCCUUCUACAUUCUGCUCUUCUCAAUUCCCUACCUGCCUGAGGCGCUGGAGCGCUUGACCAACUUCACCAUCCUCAACCGAAUGCUGCACACCUUCAACCCCCAGACCGGCCAGCUGGACCGCCCGCUUCCGGAGGACGACCUCAAGGUGUACCGCUAUGUCAUGUCUUCCUCUGGCACCCUGACCGCGGCGCUGAACUACUACCGCUGCCAGCUGUGGGACAUGAUCUUCAGCCCGCUGGUCGGUCCGGAGGUGUUCGGCGGCGUGCGGCUCCCGGGCCCGGAGCAGAAGCUCCAAACCAAGACCAUGGUUGUCUGGGGCGAGAAUGACAUCGCUCUGAACAUCGAGCUGUCCAAGGGCCUGGAUCGCUUUGUGGAGGAUGUGCGUGUGCGCUACCUCCCGGGCUGCUCGCACUGGGUUCCCUUCGACAAGCCGGUCGAGGUGGCCCGGCAUGUGCGGGAGUUCCUCUCGGACUGGCCGCAGUGAUGCCGGCCGAGGCCGCAAAAGCGGGGCCCCCCACCGCGUGCAUAUGGCCUCGGGCAGGCCACCCUCUCCUUCCACCCGUGCGCUCUUGCCUGAGCAUGUGCACUCCCCGCCCCUCCCCUUUGCACCCCGCCCCCCGAUGGCGAGGCAAUCGACACCACCCAGCCCA